AUGGAAGCUUCAUUUAAAACGAUUUGGAAAUUUAACAAGACCGACUAUGUUGAAAAAUCACCCUCUAGAAAAGAUGGAUUUACUUAUGAAAAAGAAAACCGUAUAAGAGUGAAAACAACGCAAUUCAUUAUUCAAGUUUGUUACCAUCUGAAGCUUCCUCAAAUCACUGUAUCUACGGCUAUAACCUACUUUCAGCGAUUCUACAUGUUAAACAGUUUAGCAAAGUUUGAUAGCAAGGCAGUGGCAGGUGUUUGUGUAUUUUUGGCAUGUAAAGCAGAAGAAUCGAUCAGGAAAAUGCUUGAUGUUGCAAUAUCGUGUGCAAGGGUUUACUACGGAGACCCUAACAGAUUAGAGAAAGUGGAAUAUGAAUUUUGGAGAUCAAUAAUAAAAAUAUUGGAACCAGUUGUGUGUACAUCAUUAUGCUAUGAUUAUUCAGUUGAACAUCCUUAUCGUGUUUAUAUAAAGUAUAUGAAAGUAUUGAAAGGUUAUAGUCAAGAUGUUAUAAGAAAAUUGGCAGAAGGAGGAUGGUCGAUAAUAAAUGAAACUCCAACAAUCAUAGCAAGUGCUACCUUAUUGAUUUCAGCUAAAGCUGCAGGCAUAGAAUUUAAUAAUUAUAGGUCAGUUUGGUGGUUAUUGUCUCAUAGAAAUAAUGAAGCCACAACCGAUAUUCAAAAUUCAAUAUCAACCACUAAUAAUUCAUCAUCAACAUCAUUAAAAAAAGAUAAAAAUUCCAGUUAUGUGAGUAAUAAAUAUAGUACACCUGAUUUCAAUAAUGUUGAUUCUUGUGAUGUGAGAUUUGAGUCAAUAGCAGAAAAACUAGAGCCUGAUUUAGAACCACCGCGUGGUUUGCUUGAUAAAAAUGAUGAUGUUGUUGUUGAAGAUGAUGAAGAGGAUGAAGAUGGACAAAUUUUUGAAGAAGAUGAUGAAUAUGAUGGUGAAGGUGUAAUAAACGAUCAGAUGGAAGAAAUUAGUAAUGAAGGAUUAGAUGAUGGUGAAGAAUAUAUCGGAGUUGAUGAUUAUGAGAUUGGAGUCAACAAGAAUAUUCGUGAUAAUGAAAAUGUAAAAGGUGAUAAUAAUGGUGAUGGUGAAAUAGAACAAUUUGAUGGUGCAAAUAUGAUUGUUGAUGAUUAG